AUGGAGAAACUGAUCCCACCCCGUCGUCACAUGCGAAUCAUCCAACUUGCGCAUGGCGAACCACGACUCGUCCGAACUCUCUCAGCACCGACAACACCAACCCAUCCACCACCCAAACCUCCAACCAUAAUGUCAGCCAACCUCCCCAUAGCACCUCUCGACACAUCGUACUCCAGCAAACACAUCCACGCGACGACAUCCCCCACCCGUCCGCGACACCAAGUCACCCGUUCCAUCUCCGAGUUCUCUGCUUUCCCGAAACUGCAUCGGCAGCGUCAUCACCAUCACCCCCAUGUUUCGCGCCAUCAUAAGGAUAAGGAGCGAGAGAAGGAGGGUUUUCAGAGCGCGGACGCGAAUUCCCAAUCGGUGAAUGCUGAUACGGGUAUGAUGAGUGACGUUACGCCGAGUGAGAGUCGGGAUGCGAGUCGUAGGACCAGUUUUCUGGGAACGGGAGGGGAGGAUGGGGAUGGGAGGGAGAGGGUUAAGGAAGGGGAGGUGCUUGACGAGAUGGAGAGAGGGGAGCAGAGGGCUAUGUAGGUUCCAUUUCUUUUGCGGCGCGGUUUUAUAUUUACAGACAUGGAUCACUAACGCGAUUGCGACAGAGAACUACGAAACGCGAUACUUAAUCUGAAUACUCUAUCGAACAACACGACUAUGCGACUAGAUAAUACAUACUACGCCGUCCUGGAGAAACUCAGCGUCCUCCAGAAUACAAUUACAUCCAUGAAAGAACUAGCGACCAUGACGCGCAACCUGAACGAAGAAUUCAAGGCCGAAAGCGAGGAAGUUGUUAAUGAAGUUCGGGGACAAUUGGAAGCAUUUGAAGGCUUCGAAAGUCAAGAGAAGAAAAUCUUUGGGCUACAAGAACGAGUACGGGAGGGAAGGGACAAGAUUGAAAUUCUCGGGGGAAGAGUGGAUGUCAUUCGUCAGCGGGUAGAGAGCUGGGAAAAGCGCGAGUUUGAAUGGAAGGAGAGGACUAGGAGACGUUUACGACUUCUUUGGGCCAUUAUCAGCAUUGCUGCGGUUAUCUUUCUUUUAAGAUUCCUGUUUUCAUACUCGCCUAGUCGGGCGCAGAAGGGUGUGGUGGUGGGAAGGAAUACUUCGAAUAUACCGCAUCUCGACAAGCUAGGAGAUGAGUCGCUGCAGGCGAAGAAUAAGACGUUGAGUCUGUUGGAACUUCUGGGGAACAAAGAGGAGGGAGAGCUGGAAGAAGAUCCUCGACUAAAGAUCUUUGAUGAGCUGUGA